GCCAAACCGAUAACAGCGUUCCUUUUAUCGACAUUGGUUCACCUCUAGAGAAAAUUUCAUGCGCCAAAAACAUAAACUAAACUGUUAGAAUACCUCGAAGGACUGUGAAUUGUCAGUAAAAAAUCGCCCUGGAACUAAAGAAUCGUCUCCGCAUAGGGGGUUGGCGCAGAAGAGAAAGAAGAAGAGCGACAACGCUGCAACUGGAAAAAAAAAUUAUAAACAAUAAAGGGAAUUAAGUGAAAAGAAAAUAGUUGAAAUGGUCAACUGGGACGUUUAGAGUCCGCAUUAGAACCGGAUAAUCGAAGCUACGCACGAAAUAAUCAACAAAAGAUGCAGCAAGUGGACGAUCCGCCAUCGCUGCCCGUGGGCACGGAAGUGAGUGCCAAGUACAAGGGAGCCUUUUGCGAAGCCAAGGUCAGCAAGGUGGUGCGCAACAUCAAGGUGAAGGUGGCCUACAAGCAGGGACUGGGAUCGGGAAUAGUCUCGGAUGACGCCAUCAAGGCACCCACAGGACAGCUGCGUGUCGGCGCCGUUGUCGAAGUCCGGCAUCCGGAUCGCAAGGAGACCGUGGAGGCGACUAUAACCAAAAUCCAGGACUGCUCCCAGUACACGGUGGUCUUCGAUGACGGUGACAUCACCACACUGAGGCGCACGGCGUUGUGCCUGAAGAGCGGGCGUCACUUUAAUGAAAGCGAAACGCUGGACCAGCUGCCACUCACCCAUCCGGAGCACUUUGGGAAUCCGGUGGUGGGCGGCCGCAGAGGCCGAAGACGUGGCCAGCUGAACGAGGACAGCUCGGACGACGAUGACGAGAGCGACGCCAAGGAGGUGGUCAACGAGAAGGAGGAGAACAUCGGCAAGGUGGUGUGCGUGGAAACAGAAUCGAAGAAGAAGGACAAGGAGAAGUGGUUUCCCGCCCUCGUGGUGGCACCCACAGCUCAGGCCACUGUAAGGAUUCGGGUGAAGGACGAGUACCUGGUGCGAUCGUUCAAGGAUGGACGCUACUACACGGUGCCCAAGAAGGAGGCCACCGAGUUCACGCGCGAGGUGGCCAGCAAACAGGAUGUGCCUGCAGUGCAGGCGGCCUUGGAGUUCCUCGACAGUAGCAUCUUGCCGCCGCACUGGGAUCGCGACUCCCUAUUCGGCCUCUCGAAUCUCUCCAGCGACGAUGAGGGCGAGAUCGAUUCCGACUCCUCCGACGACGAGCCGCACGAGGAGAAGGAUCGCUUUGUGGCCCAACUGUACAAGUACAUGGAUGAUCGGGGCACUCCGCUGAACAAGGUGCCCUCCAUCCAAAGCCGGGACGUGGAUCUAUACCGUCUCUUCCGGGCGGUGCAGAAGCGCGGUGGCUACAACCGCGUCACCUCGCAGAAUCAAUGGAAACUGAUCGCUGUCCGGCUGGGAUUCACGCCCUGCACCGUCAGCGUCAUGAAUCUCGUGAAGCAGGCGUACAAGAAAUUCCUGCAGCCCUACGGCGACUUCCACCGCAAGCUGGGCUGCUCCAUGCUGAUGACCUCCCGGAACUCCAAUCGCAGCAAGGGUCGCAGCCUGGUGCGUGCCAACUCGGUGGCCUCUCCGAAGCCCACGGAAACGACCAAAACCGAAACCAUCAGCAAGCUGGCGCAACCGAAUCAGUUGGCCAGCACUUCCAGCUCCACCGCAGCGGCAGCAGCAUCCACCCCGGCCAGGGCUGCCUCCACGGCAUCCCAGUCGGCCGCCGAGGAGUCGGAGAACACGAGCGAAUCCAGCGUGGUGGUGGAGCCCACCACCAAGAAGCAGCGCAAGGGCUCGGCGGCCAGCAGCCAGCAGGGCAAGGUGAAGAGUCUGGUGGAGAAGUACGAGGAGAAGUCCUCCAGCGGACCAGGUUCCGGAGCAGCUGCUGUCCGGGGAGCAUCACCAGCCGCGGCCACAGUCCAGGCAGCCACUGCUCCUGCUUCCACAACCUCGGCUCCUGCAGUUGGAGGAGCUUCCUCUGCAAGCGGAGCCACUACUGGAUCGUCCAGUAAGGACACGGAGGCCGAUCUGCCGCUGGCCAAGAUCAAGGCAGCUGCAGCAGCCGCCGCUGCCACCAGGCACAGUGCCGAGAAGGAGACCAACAUCAGUUCUGGGAGCAGCGCCUCCGCUUCCAGCAAGGCCAACUCCGCGGAGCUGCAGCGAAGCCGAGACGCCUCACCGUCGGUUCCUGGAGCCCCUUCAGCCUCAACCGGUUCGGCCACAUCCCAACCCACCUCAACCAAGAAGGAGAAACACCAGAGGACCAAGCAGGCCGACAAAGAUAAAGACAAGGACAAGGAGAAAGACAAGGACAAGGACAAGGAUAAGGAUAAGGAGAAGGACAAGGAGGAGAAGCAGGCGUCGGGCAGCGGCAAGCGCAAGAAGGAGAAGAUCAGCGUGGAGAAGAUCGAUACCGGUGACUUCGUCGUGGGCAUCGGGGACAAGCUGAAGGUCAACUACCACGAGAAGAAGUCUCCCAGCUCCCAUGGCAGCACCUACGAGGCGAAGGUCAUCGAGAUCAGUGUCCAGCGCGGCGUCCCCAUGUACCUGGUCCACUACACCGGCUGGAACAAUCGGUACGACGAGUGGGUGCCCCGCGAGCGCAUCGCCGAGAAUCUCACCAAGGGCUCCAAGCAGAAGACGCGCACAGUGAGCACCUCCUCGGCCAACAGUGGUAGCGGAGGAGGCGGCGGAUCCGGUGGCGGUUCUGGAGGAGGAGGCGGCGGCGGUUCUAGUGGCAACGGAGGAGGAGGCAGCGGCACUGGCUCGCAUUCGGGGCAACAGCCGCCGGGACCUGGGGACAAACACCUGGGAGGGAAGGAUGGCAGUUCAAAGAUUCCACCAUCACCUGGAGUUUCCGCCUCUGGUGGAGGCGCCAGCGGAACAGGAGCACCCAAUAUGGGCGGAGUCAUCUCCAUGCCCAACUCGAUCUCCGGCGGAGCUCUGAAAACGCCGCACAGUACCAGUUCCGGCACUAGCAGCACCGCCAGCGGAGCCAAGCGGGGCCGCGGACGCAGUGACUCUAUGCCGCCGCGUUCCACGACCCCGUCCUCGGUGGUCUCCGGUGCCAGUCGCACCAAAUCCCCAGCCGCCUCCCAGCAACACCUGCAGCAGCAGAAGAAACGGCCCACCCGCGUCCCUCCGGGUGCGGCGAAUCCGCGCAGACCGUCGGACGCGUCCAUGGCCACCGAAUCGGACUCGGACUCCGAUGAGCCGGUGCGGCGUCCCAAGCGGCAGAGUGCCAAGGAGAAGCCCACGGCCGGGAGCAAGGCUCAGGCGGCCCAGUCGUCUGGAAAAGCUGGGCGCAUGACGACCGUGACAGCGCCGCCGCCAAAUGCCAGCGACGAUUCCGACGCCGACGAGGAGGAGGACACGGCAGGAGCAAGUGGACCUACGCCAGAGCCGGCCAAGCAACCGCGGGGAUCCCGGGCCGGCGGCAACCGUGCUAUGAGCAGUGGCGCCGCCUCCACCAAAGGCCGCGACUAUGAUCUCAGCGAGAUUCGCUCGGAACUGAAGGGCUUCCAGCCGCAGCUGCUGACAGGCGAGGAGCGCAAGGACGUGGUGGUGAAGAGCGAACCCAGCACUGACCCUGGACAGGCGACGGUUAAGAAGGAGCCCAAAGUGGAGUCUUCGGCGAAGAGCAGCUCGACCGAACUGUCCUCGGAAACGGAGUCCUAUCUGGACGAUGACUCGCAGUCCUCCGACUAUCGCAAGCAACCCAAGACGGGGGCCAAGAAGGAGCCGCCACGGAAGCUCUCCCACCACUCGGAGCAGCAGGUAUCCAAACGGGAGGAUCAGCCCCAUCCGGGCAUCAAAGCGGAGCCCAAAGUGGAACCGAAGCAAGAGGCAGAGGAGACGACCAAGCCGGGGAAGCCCUUCCUGUCCGGUCCGGACAUAAAGCCCACCACCUCCAGCCUGAUAGCCCCGGCCAGAUUCGGAACCAACUUGGGAGCCGGCGGGUCGGGGACCAGUGGCAGCAACAGCGGCGCCGGCCCAUCCGUAUCGGCCAAGUACACGUCGGUGAUAGUGGAGAAGCCGCUGACCGUGGGCGGCAAGAAGUCCGGGGAGCAGCAUUCCGCGAAGAAGGCCGAGCUGCUGAAGAAGCCGGCGGGAGCCGGAGCCAGUGCCGCCGCCCUGGAGGCCAAGAAGUUCGCCGAACCGGUGGCCAGUCUAAAGGUGGAGCUGCCGGCGGCCUGCUCGCCCUCCUCCUCGUCCUCGUCGUCCAGCUCGUUCUGCUCGAGCGCCUCCGGCGGCAGUUCCAGCUCGGCCACCCGAUCUCUGCCGGACAUGAGCAAGCUGGAGAUCAGCAGUGGCACGGCCGCUGCUUCAGCAGGUGCUCCGCCCGGCGCACCGUCCCAGCCCCCGAACCCACCGGCCUCCAGCUCCAAGGAGACCAAGUACAGCAGCAGCGCCGCCACCACCUCCGCCGGCUCGUCCGGCCUGGGCAUGAGCAAAUCGCUCUCGUCGGACGUGUACGAGUUCAAGGACACGGAACCGUUCGAGUUCGAGAAGCGCAUCUCGCCCAUGGCGGGAGCAACCGGCGGUGCAGGAUCGGUGCUCAUGCCCACUGGGCCGGUGGUGGCGCCCUCGGUGUUCACCACCAUAAUGACCACAGCCCCCGUGGUGGUCGGUGGUGGCCCGGCCAGGAAGCAGGCCCUCAAGUCGAUUCAACAGAGCCAGGAGCCGCACCAGCUGCCACCCGCCGCCGGAUACAGUGGACUCUCCGGCGGCCAGGCCCCCUCGAAGGCCAAGAAACGAGGCUCUCCGCUGAAGGAGCCGCCGCCAGGCCUGGAGAAGCCCAAGAUCUACAAGCUGGACAAGGAGCAAGUGCAGCAGCCACAACCACAGCAGCAGCAGCAGUCGCCGCCAAAUCUGAAGGUAAACCAGCCAGCUGGACAAGUGGGAACCCAAAUCAAGAUACACACCACGCCGCCGGGAAUCGGAGGAGGAGGAGGAGGAAUCCCGUCUGCAUCUAGUCCCGCCCAACUGGCGCCGCCACAUCAUGCCACGCCCUUCGAUGCCCUCCGCAAGUCGCCCAGCUUUAACCUGAAUAUCCUGGCCCUGAACGAGGAACUGGCCCAGACAGUCCAGGAAACCACAAGGGCCCUUACGGAUGCCCUGCAGCCGCCGGGACCACCGCCACCUGCAACGCCACAAGCCAGUGGCAGCAGCAAUGUACCACCGAUGUCACCAGUGGCCCCACCAGUGAUUCCCACGCCUCUGGCCACGUCCUCCGGUCCGACUUGUCCCAGUACGCCGCCCGCCGGAGGAGCCACUGUCGCACCCAAACUGAGCACACCGCCCAAUCCCGUCAAGCCGGCACCCGCACCGCACAUCGUGGGCAGUCCCUUCGUCGAGACCCGCAACGUCUUCGAGCUGAGCACCUCGAACGAGGGCAGCGGCUACAGUUCCGGCGAGGGCUCCAAGGACAACAAGCUGGAGCAGCUGGAGAACGUGAAGAUCCUGCUGGCGGGAGCGACGGCGGUGUUCGGCCUGGAUGCGGGCAAGCAGAAGACCACCUCCAUAGCGGACAAGGUGCUGAAGGCGAUCAGCCAGAAGAAGGAGGAAGUGGAGCAGAACAAGAGCAAGCCACCAGUGGCAGUGCCGGUGCCGGUGGUGGAGUUGCCGGCGAAGAUUACCGCAGCAGCGGGUGGAACAGCGGCAGGAGGCACCGGAACGGUAGGAGCAGCAGGCUUACCAGCUGGAGGAUCUGAUGGGCAGUCGGCGCCACCGACAGCCGCAGUGGUGGUGCCGUGGGAGACCAUGAUGCUGCCACUGAAGAUCCAGACAGCCGGUCCGCUUCUGGGCGAGAUCUACCGACCCGGCCCGGCCACCAGCAGUCCCGAGACCAAGUCCAUUCUGGAGUCCUCGCUGCCGGCGAAGAACAGCGAACUGAGUGAGACCAUCCAGAAGCUGGAGUGCGCCAUACAGCAGCGCAAGACCCCGGUGGGCGGAGCCCUCUCCCUGGCCAGCUCCACGGCGGGCACGCCUCCGGCAGCCCACACCCCCAACUCGACAGUGACUGCCGGCGCCGGGGGCUUCUCGGACGAGUCCAUGGACAGCACCGACUCGGAGCAGAGGCUGGUCAUAGAGGAUGUGAUUGCCGAGGAGCAGACAACGACGACGACGACCGGCGAGCAGAAGAGUCCCGGCUCCGGCCAGGAGGACGGCCUCAAUGUUUCAACCCUAACGGCGGAGACGGAAGCCACCAGCAGCAGCGAUCCGGCUCCCGUGAAACUGGACGUGGGCGGCAAGGCACAGCCCGGCAUUCAGGCUCCCAUUCCGGUCAAGCUCACAGAGAGCUCCUUUGCCGGCAAGCUGACGGCGGUGACCCAACAGCCUCCCCCGCUGGCCAAGCUCCAGGCGGCCGAGGCGGAGGGCAAAGCCAAGGGCAGCCUGAGCUCCUUUGGCAUACCCAUAGUGCUGCCCGAGAUUCCCGCCUCCGUGGUGGUGCUCACCCCAGCCCUAAUGGUGGCAUCCGCGGCGGCGGCAGAGACCUCCGAGGCAGUCAUGCCGGCGGAGAUGGCCACCGUGAUGCGACACAGUCCCGGAUCUCCGGCUCAGGCCUUGGCCUCGCCCAAGGGCUUCCAGCCAUCCCCGAAACUGGCCGAGUCCGCAGCGGGCGGCCUGCUCCUGAAAACCUACUCCACUCCCAUGGGAACAAGCCUGGUUGCUGGAGUUUCAGGAGUGCCAACCGGAGCACCUGCAGCCGCGGCGAACUUCCAACAAGAUGCACCGGCGCCCGCCGAGAUCCCCACCAGCUACAUAGCCGAUCAGGAUGCCGGAGAGACGUCCAGCACCAGCUCCCCGGUGGUGGCGCGGCCAUUCGUGAUGCACGCCGUGGGCAAGGAGAUCUUCGGCAAUGUGGUGGCGCCGGCGGCCAGUUCGCCGCUCAUUGGCGAUCCCCAUAACGAGUCCAUCAACCUGCUCUGCGAGGAGACGAUUCCGGGUAGCCCAGCGCCCCUGUACGGCGGCAAGGACGACCAGCUGACCAAUCCGGCGCUGGCCGGACUCUCGGGCAUAGGACCACUACCGCCAGACACUCCGCCGCCGGGCGCCGUGCCCGCCCUCCAGCAGCAGAUCCAGAUCCAGACCACCCAUCCCCAACAGCCCGGGGCGGCGAAUGAUUCCGGCCGCGCGGCGGAAUCGGAGGUGAUUCCCUCGGCUGUCACCAGUUCGCCGGACUCGGCCAGCCAGGACGAGAGCGGGGAGGAGACCAAGAAGCACACGGAAAUGGAGCACGACCUGGAGGCGGGAGGACUGGGGGUUCUCAACAAGCGGAAGCGCACCCGCAAACAGGUUCCUCUCAGCCAGGCGGUGGCCGCCCAGCUGCAGUCGCUGAGCAAGCGACGCCGCCAAGUGUCCGGCAUGCGCAACCUGAAGACCACCACGGCCGCAGCUGGCUCGGAUACGGAUGACAAUUCGGACAACCUGGCGCCCAGCUCCGGGCAGACGCAGCAGCGGCAGAGUGCCCGCCAGCAGCUGAUGCCGCAGGCCAAUCCCCUGCAGCAGCAACAGCAGCAGGCCCAGGCCCAGCACCUGGCUCAGCAGCAGGCGGCGCUGCAGGCCUCACUGGCUACCAGCCAGUCGGGAGUGCGUCCUUGUCCCUACAACUUCCUCGUGGAGCUAGAUCCCGCCCUUAGCUCCGACGAGUGCAUCACCAUUCUGCGCAAGCAGAUCCAGGACCUGCGGAAGGCCUACAACACCAUCAAGGCGGAGCUCACCGUCAUCGAUCGGCGGCGGAAGAAGCUGCGUCGGCGGGAGCGGGAAAAGAAGCAGCAUCAGUUGCAGAGCCAGCAGCAGGGCAAGAUCUGUGCCUAAUCCUUCCCAGUUCCAGACCCCAACUCAGAGUAAUGAUCAGAUAGUAUAAGCCCUUGGUUGGAUGAUUUUUUUUUUUUCGAUAUCUAGUGUGUAGAUUAAUGAACUAAUUUUAAAAAUAAUCAUAUUUGAACCACAAGAGGUUUGUAAAAAAAAAAAACAGAAAUACAUUUCAUAAGAUG